ACAGUUUUUGGGUGCUUCCAGAUAAGUGUUUAUUGUGGAAUCAGUUCUCUUUUUUAAUUUAUUUUUGCAGCAUCCAUGUAAUGUUAUUCGCAUGAAAAUACCUGAGCAUAAUUUUUUCCUAGAUUUACCCUUUCUGCGGAAAAUCCAGUAGGUUAAAAAUGUUGCUAAUGCCCCAUUUACAAUAUUAAGCCCCCAUCUAGAACAUUUGUAAUAAGCACAAUGUUUGUGUAUCUUCGCUUAUUACCAUCCAUGUGCCAGCUAAAUUAUGGCACUCUGCAUUAGUGUCCAGCAGUUAUGCUUAAUUUCACCCAUAUUAAGUUGACACAAUCCUGUGUGUAUAUGUGUGUUGUUUUAAACUUGUGAAACCACAUGUUUGAAUCCACCAAAUAUCAGUUAUUUGUCAUAAUUUAGCUUUGGCAUUGAUGACUUUGGAUUUUGUGUAUAUGUGCAUGUUUGUAUGGUUUGGACAGAACAUAAAGAAGUGUUGAAUCAACUUAGAAACAAAUGGAACUAUUCUGCAAUUGCUGAACUUUUCUAAAAUGAGAACUGAAUUUUGUUAACAAAUGCUACAAACUGGGACUAAGCACCAUUUGACUCUAUGAGGCUUACUUAUGAGUAGGCAAAUAUAGGAUUGUGCUGUAAGGCAACAAGAAUGACCAUGGAAACAAACUAGGGAAAUGUUAAGGAAUUUAUGAGGAGUCUGGCUAAAUAUAUCCAUUAAGCUUUUGGUUGUUUUCACUCUGUUUUCUUAUAGGGAAUUCAAAGAAAGUGGCAGUACAUAUCCAGUCUCCUGAGGUUUUCAUCCUUCCACUUGUGUGAUGAUCAAAUGCUUGGCUGAAGAAGUGCAAACCAGCUUGCGGUCUGGAGUGGCCAUCAAUUCACUAGGCCAGUGUGUUGAGGAGCUUGUCCUUAACAGCAUAGAUGCUAAAGCAACAUGUGUGGCUGUCCGAUUGGAUAUGGAAACUUUUAAAGCCCAGGUGGUGGAUAAUGGCAGUGGGAUGGGAAGAGAUGACCUCAACAAAGUGGGAAAUCGGUAUUUUACCAGUAAAUGCUACUCAGUGGAAGACCUAGAAAAUCUAAAGUUUUAUGGCUUCCGUGGAGAAGCUUUGGCAAGCAUAGCAAACAUGGCCAGUAUAUUGGAAAUAUCAUCCAAGACAAAUAAGGUAGCAAAAACCUUCCUGAAACUGUUUCACAAUGGAAAAGGACUGGAAGUCUCUGAAACAGAAUUGAAUAGACCAAGUGCUGGAACAACAGUGACUGCGUACAAUUUAUUCCACCAAUUACCUGUGAGAAGAAAGUGCAUGGAUUCCAGAUUGGAAUUUGAGAGAGUGAGGCAUAAAGUAGAGGCUCUUGCACUUAUUCAUCCCUCCAUCUCAUUUUCUUUAAGGAAUGAUGCUUCCUGUUCAAUGGUGCUUCAGUUACCAAAGACAAAAGAUACACGAUCUCGGUUUUCUCAGAUUUAUGACCUAGGUAGAUCCCAGAAAUUACGAGAAAUAAAUUAUAAAUCUGCAGUAUUCGAGAUAAGUGGUUUUAUCAGUUCUGAAGGGCAUUACAAUAAGAAUAUUCAGUUUCUAUAUGUGAAUAAUAGAUUGGUAUUAAAAACAAGAUUGCAUAAACUUAUUGACUUUUUAUUAAGAAAACAAAGCAUUAUAUGUAAGACAAAAAGUGGGUCUUCGACUUCAAGUCCUGCUCGUCAGCGCUCUGGCCCAGAGCUCUAUGGAGUCUUUAUUAUCAAUGUGAAAUGUCCAUACGAUGCGUAUGAUGUGUGUUUGGAACCUGCAAAAACUCUAAUAGAGUUUCACAACUGGAAUGCUCUCCUAGCUUGCAUUGAGGAAGGAGUAAAAUAUUUUUUAAAGCGAGAACAUUUAUUUAUUGAGCUGUGUGGUGAAGACGUUAAAGAAUUUAAUGAAAACAAUGACUUUUGUUUAGUUAAAACUGUAGAUUUACACCCAUCUCUCCUUGAGGAGAAGGACUUGCAGGAGAGUUUCAAGAGAGCUUCUGAUAAUAUUGUGGAUUCUUAUGAAAUGUUUAAUCUGCAGUCAAAGUCUGUCAAAAGGAAAUUAAUUCAUGAAAAUAAGACAUCAGACCACACAGUACCAACUAACAAUUUGGAGGGAAUAGAUGCUGGCUCAGAUUUGACUAGCACUGGACCUGUUCAUGGUCUGAGUAGCAGUAAUGUGAAUCUUCUGCCUGACAAAAAUGGCACAAUUCCCAGCUUGCCAAAGUUGGGUAACCUACACCAAGAAUCAAACAUUUCUGAUAAUCUCCCUGUUGAGCCAAUUAAUUCCAAGUGUUCAGAAGAAAUUUGCGAACAGGACAGGACAGUUGCUUUAGAAAUAGACAAGUAUGCUUCUACUUCACUUUGUACUGAGAAACAUGAUAACUAUGCAAAUAGGCAACAAGACAGAGCCCUUCAGGAAAUUAACCCCAGCACUGUCACUCUGAGACAUAUUGAAGCUAUGGAAGAUGUUAAUGAGUUUGAAGGUGAAUCUCUUCUUGAACACGGAUUGAUAGGAAAAUAUAAGCCAGUGACAGGUAGGGAACCUUCCACAGGAGCAAAUGUCAAUGGAGAAGUGGUAAUGGAAAGGAAAAAAAUUAAGUUGUGUUCCACAGGCCUUAUAACACAUCUGAUGCAAAAUCUGCCACCUCACAAAACAACAGAAAUUAACAAUUCAUUAGACAGACAGACACAACUGGGUCCAAUAAGUGCCAAGGAUAUAUUUGAAAAAAAGCUAGAAUUUUCAGAGAAAACUCCAAGUGCUGAAGAAAAUUUGAGGAAAACCAGUGCUGCCAUUGGAAACAAAUAUAUGAGGAAGAAGAACAUGUCAGGUCAAAAGAAUGAGGUAGUUUCUUUUCCUCCACAUGGUAGUGUUGACUUUGUAACACCACAUGUCAAAGAUAAGGCACCUUCAGGUCCUGUUCGUCAUUUAGAUAGUGCAACUCAGACUAGGGAAAUGAUUGAGCCUUCAGUUAGGCCUAGAUCCUGUGGCUUUACAAAACUAAGCUUGCAUCCAAAGCUGGGGUCAUUAGAUAGAUUCAGAAGACAUUAUGGGAACUUAAAGAGUACGCCAACAACUGAUGUGGAAAAGAGUGAGGUUAAAAGGCCAGCCUGUGGCAGGUAUCCCACUGAUGAGAAUACAAAAUUUCAGAACUCUAUUACUUGUAAAACUCCAACUAAGGAACAUUUUGUGUCUAAUAACAGUGGUCAUAAUUGCCUUUUUUCUUUAGAAAAAUCUCAGCACUCCAUAGAAGAAAGUCUAUUACAAGGAGAAGUUGUUAAUAUAAGGGAGAGUCCUCUGACACUGACAGAAUACUCUCAGAUAAAAAAUAAACCUCUUUCUGACACUAACUUCACAGGAACACUUGCCUCUAAAGUAUCUAGAAUGAAGGACUGCCUUAUAGAAACUUUGACUUCAGAACCCUUAGGGCAGUCUUCAGAACAAUCUCAAGCACAUUCAAGCCAAAAAGAUGAAGUCAGACAUGACCACCUAUCUCAAAAUAAUCUUUUGAAGAGUGCUUGCCAAAUGCCUCAAAUUUCCCCAAGAAAAACAGGAACAGAGAGUUUUUCUUUUGCUUCAGCCUCUGAUGAGCAGGAUGAUCCUGUAGGAAUCUCUAGCACAAGACCUGGGAACGCGGAAGAUACUGUCAACCAUUGUUUCAUUGACACUGAUGGGGAAUAUGCAGUUUCCCCAAACAGAAGUUUAGCUUUGUCCAAUAAAGAGAAUGAUUCUGAAGGCUCCUGUGAAAAUACAGGCAUUAUGGAUGGAUUUAUAAAGCAAGCUGUGAAAGCCUCUGAAGUGCAAAAUGUGAACUUGAUUGGCAGUAUGGAGGAUGCUGCAGAUGACUCAAGUGCAGCUGUGGAGGAAGAGCCACGGUUGCAUCAUUCUGAAUGGUUUCAGCAGUUUGAUGCUUCGUUGGGUAGGAUGGUAUAUGUCAACAAACUGACUGGACUGAGCACCUAUACUGCUCCCAGCAAGGAACCUCAGGCUGUAUGUACUAAAGAUAUAAGCACAGUGGCUGUAAAUGUUGUCAUGGAGAGUGGGUUUCAGUGCAGAUGUCACCCAUUUAGAAGUGAGCUUAUUGUGCCCUUCCUUCCAAGACCUCGGCAAGAGAGGAGUUUAGCAAGCCAAGAUUUCAGAGAUACGCAAGGAGAAUCUCUCCAGUCCUUGUUUUCUGAAUGGGACAAUCCUGUGUUUGCUCAGUUUCCAGAGGUUGCUCUUAAUGUGAGUAGUGGGCAAGCUGAUAAUCUUGCUGUGAAAAUCCAUAACAUCCUGUACCCAUAUAGGUUCACCAAGAAGAUGAUUGAUUCAGUGCAGGUUCUUAAUCAAGUGGACAAUAAAUUUAUUGCUUGUUUAAUAAAUACUACGGCAGAUGAGAAUGAAGACACAGGUGGAAAUCUCUUAGUCCUGGUGGAUCAGCAUGCAGCCCAUGAGCGUAUCCGCCUAGAGCAACUUAUUACAGAUUCCUAUGAGAAGCAACCAGAAAAAUUGGGCAAGAAGAAAUUGCUGGCCUCCACUGUUUGCCCCCCAUUGGAGAUUGAGAUUACAGAGGAGCAGAGGAGACUCUUAUGGUGCUGCCAAAAAAGUCUGGAGGACUUAGGCCUUGAAUUAUCCUUUCCAGAGAACAAUCGCUCUCAGAUUUUUGUUGGAAAAGUGCCACUGUGUUUUGUGGAGAAAGAGGCCAAUGAAUUGCGCCGUGGCAGGCAGACAGUGACGAAGAGCAUUGUGCAGGAGUUCAUUCGAGAGGAAAUUGAGCUUCUGCAAUCCACAGGAGGGGCACGAGGGACACUGCCUCUAACAAUUCUGAAGGUGCUGGCUUCCCAGGCUUGCCAUGGUGCUAUUAAGUUCAAUCACAGCUUGACUUUGGAGGAGAGCUGUCAUCUUAUGGAAGCUUUGUCAUGUUGUCAGUUACCUUUUCAAUGUGCUCAUGGGAGACCUUCGAUGCUGCCUCUUGCUGAUGUAGAUCACUUGCAGCAGGAAAGUGAGCCGAAACCUAAUCUGGCUAAACUAAAGAAAAUGAUGAAGUGCUGGCAACUCUUUGGGAAAGAGAAGGACUGUUGUACCUGAAAGUGCUGACCAGAUCUUAAAAUUUCAUUGAAUGCUGAUGCCACUCAACAGGCAGUGCUUGAGGCAAAUGCUUCUAGAUGUUCCUGUUAUGGAACACAAAUUACUGUGGGACUGGGAUAAACUCUGAAAGCACAAGAAGAGAAGGAACUUUAGCGUCCUGAAUUCAUUCAGCAAGGACCAGGAUUGUAUAAUACUUAAAAUAUAUGAGGCAGAAUUUUCACAACUGUGCUCCUGAAAAAUGUGGAGUGACUUGCAUUGCACUAGCACUGUAUAAUCAAGUGCUUUUGAAAGGUUGUUUUUAAAAAUAAUAAUAGUAAAAUAAUGAUAGACUCACACCCAUGCCUCAUUGCUUUAUGAUCAUACCUUUAUGGUCCCACACGGGUUCAACAUUUGAUCAGAACUGUUGCUUCAACCAAAUUAUUAUACUGCUUACCCUAGUAUUUUUGUCACUUAGUAUUUCAAGUUACUUUUAAAUGCUGAUUUGCAUUACCCAACUGGUGCAAGCUAGAGCUUCAAACUGAAUUACUACCAAAAUGAAAUGCUUCCUAUUCAUUGAACUGCCCUGAGA